AAUGAGUACAUCUUUAUGGACUUGGAGCAGAAACUCAGCAAAUACUUCUCUAAGGACUGGAAGAAGGAAACCCAUAAAGGAGGUGAGAGAGCCCAUGCCCCAUUCAUUGCUUUCCUCCGGGUGCAGUUCUAUGUGGAAAAUGGAAGGGUUAUAAGGGACCGGACUGCCAGGCACCUGUACUACCGCCACCUCCGAGAGCAGGUGCUGCGCUCCGAGUGUGCGCACCAGGAAGAGGCUUACUUCCUGCUGGCUGCGCUCGGGCUGCAGGCCGACCUGGGCAACCACAGGGAGGCCGCACACGUGGGCCGCUACUUCGAGCCACAGGCCUACUUCCCACUGUGGAUCCUGGCCAAGUGGGGCAUUGCAUACGUGCUGCGACACGCGCCGGCCGUGCACCGUGAGCAGCGGGGCCUGAGUCCCCGGGAGGCCGUGUUGAGAUUCAUCAGGGAGGCCUGCCGUCUGGACGAUGUGCCCGUCCACUUCUUCCGGCUGCACAAGGACAAGAAGGAAGACCAGCCUACCAUUGUUCUAGGGUUAACCCUUAAUGGUGUGCUUAUCUACCAGGAGGUGAACCGCACCCGGAAAUUGCUGUAUGACUUCCCCUGGGCUCGAGUUGGCAAGCUGGCCUUCCUGGGGAAGAGAUUCGAGAUCCAGCCAGACGGGUUGCCCUCGGCCCGGAAGCUGGUCUACUACACGGGCUGCCCCGUGCGUUCCCGGCACCUGCUGCAUCUGCUCAGCACCAGCCACGGGCUCCACCUCAGCAUCCAGCCUUUACUGCAGCAACUACAGCAGCUGGAGGAGGAGAAAGAGAAGAAGUAUUACUGUGAGUCCUAUGUCAGCGACACGCUAGAGCUGGACAUGCAUCCAGAUGACCGUCACUCCCAGGGCAGCAGGGACAGUAGGGACAGUGGCCACUCGGGCAACAGCCGCAGCAGCUCUCACACGUCCGGCAUCGAGGCUGACACCCAACCCGAGUCACGGGAGAUGUCUGUGGAUGAGCCCUUGGUGGCUACAGAGGGCUCCAGCAGCCAAGCCAGCCACAGCCUGGCCAAGGGGGACCCUCGGGACCUGGGGACCGCCUCUGGCCGGGAGCCCUUGGCCAGAGCACAGAUCACCUUAGUCAAGAUGAAAGGCCAGAGCACCGACGCCUUGCACCAGAUCCCAGGGACCAGCACCCGAGGCCUUCCUGAGCAGCACAGCUGGAGCCUGGACAACGUGUGUGGACAAAGUUCCCCACCCUCCACACACAGCCACACCAGCCGCUGCUCCUGGAGGGCCCCGGCAGCCCAGUCCACCCUCCAAGGCAAGAGAGCCCUGAAAUGCCUGUCCCUGGACCUCCUCGGAGAAGGCCAGCCGCCCCAGGAGUUUGUGGUGUAG